GCAGGCCCGUUGCACAUCCGGCCGCAGUGAAUGCAGGGCAGCUGUAUGAUAAUAUUCCUCACAGAACCAUGUUGCUUGCUCCGGUGAGCUAUGGCAUGUCCACCGCUGCCUGCCGCACUGGGGAAUCCACUUGGGCCGCCGACACUGUCCUCAUCAUGAUGAGUACGUGUUGUUGGAUGUUUUGGUCAGUGGGCUUUCCUCGUUUAUAUCCAUCCUAUAUUUGGGCUUUCACAUCCGAUCCAAUCUUGGGGAGGGAACAGUUACAAGUAGCCGUUGAGAUUUUAAACCCAAAGCCACUAUAUAUAAAAAUGGCCGAACUCUUCGAACCCGUCCAUCUUGAGAACAGCAAUGGAGCCAACCGUCGAACACUUCGAAGGCCCUUACUCCUGCCCGUGCUCCCCACGGUCAACGUCGCCGACGUCGGCAGGCGGCGGUCGUAGGAAGAGGGCAGUCGCAAGAGGCAUGCAGAAAACCCUCUCCAAGACCUCCAUGCUCGUCAACUUCCUCCCCACCGGCACCCUUCUCACCUUCGAGCUGCUGCUCCCCUCCGCUUCCGGCGACGGCUCGUGCUCCCCGGUGAGCACGCUGAUGAUCGAGACGCUGCUCGGCCUCUGCGCCCUCUCCUGCUUCUUCUUCCACUUCACCGACAGCUUCCGCGGCCCGGACGGGAAGGUCUACUACGGGUUCGUCACCCCGCGGGGCCUCGCGGUCUUCAAGUCCGGCCUGGGGGUGGACGUGCCCCAGGACGAGCGGUUCCGGAUGGGGUUCGUGGACUUGGUCCAUGCGCUCAUGGCGGCCAUGGUGUUCGCGGCCAUCGCGCUGUCCGAUCACCGCGUCACCAACUGCCUCUUCCCGGGGCAUGCCAAGGAGAUGGAUGAGGUGAUGGAGAGCUUUCCGCUGAUGGUGGGGGUGGUGUGCAGUGGGCUCUUCCUCGUCUUCCCCAACACACGCUAUGGUAUAGGCUGCAUGGCCACAUGAAUCAGAUCAAUAACGUGGACGGCUACUGAUCCAUCUCAUUGUUUGACCACACAAUUUUCGUUGAAUUCCACUUUUUGGUGUGAUUAAUCCAAGUGAUUUUUCAUGAUAAAGUGUCGGUAUUGGUAUUAUAUGUAUGUUAAUUUCGUACAUUAACAGCAGAAAAUGACGAUUAUUAACCCGAUAUGAGCAAUAUUUUAAAGCAA